UUAAAGUGUUUGCGAGGGUAAAUCCUUCCGCGGAAAUAGUUCACAAAAACACUUCUGCUGCUUUAAUGUUUCCGCCAAGAAAAGUUUGGCGGCUUGAAAAUGGAAACGUGUAGGCUAAAACUUUGAAACGUGGCCGUCGAAUAAGCUGCUUCUGGUGUGAAGCAUGCUGGUUUUUAGUGCGUAUUAGUGCUUCUUCUGUAGCCUCAGUGUGUUUUUAGGCUUCUGACUAUGUAGCCUCAGCUUUAGUCUUGUUAUGUAGCUUCAGUUUGUAGUCUUAUUAUUAUGUAGCCUCAGUUUUUAGGCUUCUUCUGUAGCCUCAGUGUGUUUUAGUCUUCUUCAUAUGUAGCUUCAGCUUUAGUCUUGUUAUGUAGCCUCAGUUUUUAGUGUUUUUUAUUAUUAUGUAGCCUCAGUGUGUUUUAGGUUUCUGACUGUGCAGCCUCAUGUUAUGUAGCUUCAGAGUGUUUUUAGUCUUCAUGUUAUGUAGCUUCGGUGUAUUUUACUUUUCUGACUAUGUAGCCUCAGCUUUAGUCUUAUUAUUAUGCAGCUUCAGCUUAAGUCUUAUGCCGCCUCAGUGUGUUUUAGUCUUCUGACUGUGUAGCCUCAGUUUUUAGUCUUCAUGUUAUGUAGCUUCAGUGUGUUUUAGUCUUCAUAAACUUCCAACUCCUCAAGUUUUAAAUGUAGCUGUCGCUUUUCGGGCAACAUUGUUUACCUGUAAACUAUUAGCCUUGACAGUAGCCUUAGCAAGUAGAAGCCAAGCUGGAGUUUAGGUGAAAUGUUUCAGUAUCAGUAAGCUAAACACACUGUAGCGGUUUACUCGGCGGUGAAGUGUUUAAAUCCAUGAACAAGGACGAGUUAGAAAUCUCCAGCUUGGCCGUGGUGUGAUUAGUAAGAGCAGACUGGUGGCAUGAACAUGUACAUCAAGCUUACUGGAUAGUGAGGUCUUGCAACAUUGAGGCUACACUACACUAAGCUCUUGGGACAAACUGUUAAGCUGGAUAGAAGUGAUCGAGUUGCUUGCACAUGAGAAUUAAACCACAGUUGUUCACGAGCGGUUUGGCACCAUUGACCGAAGGUCGGCACGAUGCCGGAUAAGGACGCGGAUUUGCCUGGAAAUCUAGGGACAUUAUUAUAAGGCUGUUUCGGAAUAGCCGAUCGGAGCAGUUCUUUUUUUUUUUUUUUUUUUUUUUUUUGGUUUUUGUUUUUGUUUUUUUUAAUCGAGUUCCCCACUUGGGUGGAUGAUGGAUGGCCGAGAUUUCGGGCCCCCCAGAUCCGUGCACGUUCCCCCGCCGCUGCUCUCGGGACUCGCCAUGGAGUCGCACCGACUCGGAGCUUCCUCCGCGCCCGGGAGGAUCCCACCGUCUCCCGGCCACCUGGGCGCGAGCCACCCGGCGGCCGCUCUGCACUCGGGAAAAUUUCUCUCUCCGACCAUUAACAUACAAUCCCACCACAGUGAUGCCUUCCCAGGUGCCUCUGGCUUCCUCAGUGGCUACAUGAGCUCAUCCAACCCGCAUGCAGGGCCGAGCUCUCUUCCCUCCGACCCCGCCUUCAGAGCCCCCAACCCGCCCAGCCUGCAGAUGGCUCAGCUCUGGGCUUCACACACUCAUGAAGGUUUCCCCCACCUUCCCAGUGGUCUGUACCCUGGCCCCUACCUUCCCCUGGGUCAUCUUGAGCAUCCUCAACUAGGCCAGCAUUCACUUUUUGACUCACAAAAAGAAGGUUUUUACCUUCCAGGCUCAGUACACUCCCAGUCUGCCAUGGCCCGGAGCCUUGUGGCCCAUUUGCCCAGCCCUCUCUCCAGAGAGAAGACGCAAGAGCUCCAUAAAAGCUCCAAAGACUCAGGCCGGGAACUGGGAAAAGAUAAGCCAUGCAAGAGUGAGCCAGGCCACUUGGUCCAGCGCAGGGAGCGGGUUCGGGAGGAGCCACGGCCCCACAGCGUGGUUGACCUCACCCAGGAUUCUAAGGCUGAGGACGAGCGACGAGUCUUUCAGCAGCAUUCACCUGCUGCUGAUGUUAAACCCAAAUACCCUCCCCAGCCCCCGCUCAGCAACUGCAGGACCAGCAGUGGCCCACCAUCCAGGUACCCAGGUUCGGAACCAGAAAGAAGAGAGCGGGCCGACGAAAAUUUCCAAGCCACUUUCUCCUCCUCUACUGAAAAGCCAAAACGGCUCGACUCAGUGGCUACAUCUCUAGGCACUUUGCACGUUACUUAUGCCAGCCCCUCCUCCCUCCAGAGCAGUCCAGCACCCCUCCCACCCAGGCUGGUGUCUUCUGGUGCUUACCCUCCCCCUCACCACAUGCCCCCAAGCUUGUACACACUCUGCUCUGCCACCAAAGAGCCAGCCAAGGAACACAGAGUGACCGCUCCUACUUAUGUGCCUUCUGUAGAGGUUUACGACGAGCGGAAAGGGCCCAUCCAGAUCGCCUCGCAAGCGCGAGACAAUAAUAAAACGGAUAAGAGCAGGGACAGGGACAUGAACAGAGCACCCCUGCAGGUGGGGAGUGAGAGGACACCUGCACCCUCUGUCAGGAGCGAGUCUCCUUGUCCCAGUGAGCUCAAGAGAGACAUUGUACGGGAAGAGGGAUCCGUGAUCAGGGCCAACAAUUUGGCUGUAAAAAGGCCAUCUGUUUUAGAUUUGGGCACAAUCAAAUCCAGCCACAGCCCAAAUACCAAGGACUUACCAAGCACCAAGCACACAAUCAAAAUGGGACAGGAGACGGAAAGCCGCCUCCAAGAGCGUGAAAUAGUUCAAAGGUCUGGACCUCCGUUUUCUGGUCUGGAACCCACCACACUCCACUCUGCUGAGACCAAAUGGAAGCCUUUCGAGAUGGGCAACUAUGCCGCUAGUCACAUGGCUGCUUUGGCAGCUCAACAUACUCAUGGUCCCAGAGGAGAGGAGGAAGGCAAACGCAUAUACCUGGAUCGGAGAGGCAGCCCAGGGACCCUCCAGGGCGAGGAGCACAGUGAGGUGUCUGCUAUGCAGAGCCUUAUCAAGUACAGUGGGAAUUUCUCUGGUGAGGUCAUGUCUAAGCAUGGUGCGGAUAGCCGCACCCCAUUUGGGGGACUGGGCAACCUGAAGCUGGAGGCUCCUCAGCAUGCGAGCGCUAAAGCUCAGCACCUGUCUGGAAAGCAGCUGAAGAGGGAGCCAGAGAGACCUGAAAGCGCCAAAUCAUUCACCCGGGACGGAAGCUCCUCUCAGGGGGAGGCUGAGGUUCGGCACCCCCCAGUGGGCAUCGCAGUAGCGGUGGCUCGACAGAGAGAUAACAGCAGCAAGCUCAGCUCCGUGUCGGACCGAGACAGACCAAUUCUGGCAGGAGGCAUCAAAGGCCCAGGCCAAGAGGAAGAGGAACAAGGACAAGAGCGAACACAUCAUCACGAUGGCCGGCUCCUGCCUGGGCGUUUGGAACACGAGCAAGAGAAGGCAUUAAGGGAGAGUAAGGACUUGGCAGAUUACCCUCAGCUGCAUCCUCCCUUGGUGUCUGUGAGUGGUCUGAACCCAAACCUGAUGGUGACCGGAGGUUCUGCCCUGACGGGGGGAGGCCGCUGGCCUGCUGACCCCACUUCCCAUCUGACUUCCCAUCCCUGGCUGCCUCGCCCUGGACCCUCAUCUAUGUGGCUGCCUGGUUCUCCAUAUGGACUGGGGGCGCCCUCUCUUCACCAGCCCCUGCCUCCAGGUUACCCCCCCACCUUACCUGGGUCCAUCCCCCAAGCCUACCAGUUUGCCCGGGACCCACAGACUGGACAACUGGUCGUCAUUCCCACCGAGCACCUUUCACACUACACGGCAGAGAUGUUGGAGCGUGGCCCCCCGCUGUGGCCAGCCGUGUACCCGCCAGCAGGCAGCUCUCUGCAGCACGCCCACCAGCUGCAGCUCCUCUCGCACCAGCAGCUCGUACGCCAACAGGAGCUCUACAUGAUUCAGCAGCAGGCUGCCCAGGUCAUGGAGCUACAGAGGAACGCACAGUUUGUGGAGAGACUGAAAGAACAGCGGGCUGACAUGGAGGACAAAGCAGAGAAGAGAGGUGGAGAGGGCACCAAAGCUAGCCUCUCAAGUGUACCUGCCUCUGUUUUGCACUCACGCAAGCCCCCUCCACCUUCUCCAACCCCCUCCACCUCCCAAAAGAAGACUGUGACACCUUUAGCAGUCACACCUCUGCCCUCUCCAGUCACCUCCCUUAAGUCUGAAGACAGGCCCAAAGUGGAGAGCACACUUCCUCAGCAGUCUUACUCACACCCGUCUACCCCAGCCCCACAGCCGCUCAGCCCUGCAUCCGCCUUGUCACCUCCCCCUUCCCCCAUCCACCCUAAACAGGAGUCUGUGGAGGUGCCCGACAAAGAGGAGCUUGACCUGCGUAAACAAGUAUCUGCUUCUUUCCCAUCUAUAUAUCCUGAAAUUCCUCCAGGCUACCCCUACCAAUCAAUAACAGCAUCAUUCGGCAGCCAUUACCCCUACCUUCUUCAGCCAGCCACAGCUGCUGAUGCAGAAGGCCUGGCUCCAGCUGUCCCGCUGCAGGCUGAGGGCUCAAAGCGCUUAGCCGGCCCGGCCAGUGUAAAACCCAGCCACAUGUGUUCCCCAGUGGUGGCAGAAGCUCUGCAGGCAUCCAGAGAGCCCAAGCGAGUAGAGGAGAGUGUUGUGCCAUUCAAAGAGGAGCCGGGCCUGGAGAACAGCAAGGAAGUUUUGGGCCAGGAUGGUAUCACACAGUCUAUCCACUCUGCUACUACAAUUUCCAGCCAGGACUCAUGUACUCCUGUUGAAGCAGUGGCCUGCUCUGGAGCUGCAGCCUCACCACUGCCUGAGGAGAACAAAGAAGAACAAGAUGACAAGGCAGAUCUAUUCUCCUCUACUCAACAGGAGUUGUACCAAAGAUCAGGAUCAGACUUGGAUAGGAGCCCUGCAGCAGAGGUUUCAAAGGGCUCUCUCAAAUUGCCAGAGUCAGCCUACACAUCCUCCUCAAAUUACACUGACAUGCAACCCAUAGACUGCAGCAUUCGUCCCUCAGACUCACCUUCAGUUAUCACAGAGAGGCUCAUUACAGCAAACAAGCCCAAAGAACCCACCCUUGACACUCCAGACCUGGAAUCGACAUGUAGUGACAUACCGCUUCCAUGCUCCACUCCUCCUGUGCUCCUACCAGCCCCUGUGCCAGUAGCCAUCCAGGCUGAGGACCCCAUGGCAGGCAUGCUGGCACUGCUAACGGCCAGUGAGCUGCCCCAAUCUGGAGGCCUUACCACCAUGGCUGAGAUGCCCCCUACCGGGAUGGUGCAGUGCCCAGGAAUCAGUCUUUUGGAGUCCACUGCAGCUGAGGGCAUGGCCCUGCUUAGCCAAAUGGCCGAGCUAGAGAUGCAGAGGCACCAGAGAGACUCCAUGCAGGGCAUAAUGCUCUGUGGAUUAGAGAGUCUCCUCGAGGCUGGGAGGCAAGUCCUCCUGGAGGCCAUCGAGUGCCAGCCUCAACUCAGCAUCCGCCUCCCCAGAGAGCUCAACCCCAACAAGAAAUACAGCUGGAGACAGAAGAAAGACGAACCAAUGUUCUCCAAAUCCUCUCUGGAGGGUGUGGAUGCAAUGGAGGUGGACUAUCGUGUGAGACUGGCUGAGCUGCAGCGGUGCUAUAAAGAAAAGCAGAGAGAGCUAAUCAGGCUACAGAGACGGAGAGACAAAGUAGAGAAGCAACAGCUGCAGCAACAACAGCUCCAGCAGCAGCAAGAGGAAAGGAGCAGGAGCCUGGCCAGGAGAGGCCCUGGUCGGCCCCGGAAGCGCAAGCAUGGCCUGUGUGCUCUGUCUCCGCCUUCAGGCAAGCUGGAUGCCAAAUGUGGAAAGCUGGCCCAGAGCUCACAGUAUUCAGAGGACUCGGAGAGUGGGGAAGUGCUGAGGAAGCGCUUCCGCAGCUCCACACGGGAGGAGGAAGAGGAGGAGGACAUGGACGUUGGUAUUUUAAAGGCAAAGAAGAGAUGCAAGAGUUGGAAUGAACAAGAAUCAUCCUCCAGUUACUCUCACGAGGUACCUAAAACAGGCAGUAAAAAGAGUCAAGUAAGUGAGCAAGAGCAGUUGGCUUCAAAGCUCGACAAGGCCUUGUCUCUCACUAAGCUUGGUAAACCGACGAAGGCCUCAUGUAAGUUUGUAGACGGUUCUUCAGGAAAGUCCAGAACUCCCUCUGGGAGCAGGCUGUCUAUGCUCCCAGACAUAAGUGUGAGAAACAAGAUGGCAAAAACCAAGCUGUCCAAAGAUCUUGGUUUCUUUCACAAAUCCUCCAAAGGAGGUAAAAACAAAAUGUCCAACAAAUUAAAGCCUUCAGACUCAUGCCUUAAGGGAAAAGGCCAGAGGAAAGCUUCCAACUCUCCAGUGAGGUCAGAGAUCAGCAGCUACUCCAACAACACAGAUUCAGAAGAGGACUCUGUGAAGGAUGGCUGGCCACCUCAUGCCAUGUUGGGUAGAUCAGGACCCUGUGCACAGAUCCCAGGCCAAUACAGCACUCCAUCUAAGAAGAAGCGCCCGUCAUCCAAGAGAACCUCUGCAUCCUCCUCCUCCUGUCUCAAGUCGAAACAGGGGGUUAAAGAAAGAAAACGGAAGCACUUUGCUUUAUUACUGCAAGAGGCAGGAGUCAGCUCCUCUGAGGACUCAUUUGACCAAGAGUACUUUACUGAAAGGGAUGAUUACGAGGAUGAGGACGAUGAAGAGGACUAUGACAAUGAACUGGAUGAGAUUAAUGGCCUGUGCUCUUCCUCGCUAGAGGAAAGUGGGUUGGGUCUGCUUGCUCGCUUUGCUGCUAGCGCCAUCCCUAGCCCUGUCACCUCUGGCCCUAUGUCCCUCGUUCAGCUGGAGGCCAAGCAGAAAGCCAAGAAAAAGGAGGAGAGGCAGAGUCUGCUAGGUACGGAGUUUGAAUUCACCGACUCUGAGAGUGACAUCAAGAUCCGGAAGUUCCCAUCUCUGCUACAUGGUAAGAGAUCUGCACCCGAGCUCCCUCUGCUACCCCCGGCCAGUGUGCUGCGUGAGGACUCCAGCCCUGGCAAACGCGGCCGUAAGCCCAAAGCCCCAGCCGAGCUCAACUUGAGCUUCUCAGCCGAAGGGAGCGAUGAAGAACGCUGGAUCCGCCGCCGGAGCGAGCGCAUUUUCCUCCAUGAUGCUGCCCAGGCUAAACCCGUCUCUCCUUCCAAACCUACAGUGCCCAAACCAGCUCGUGGCCCCAAAACACCUCUGCAUGGCUCCAAGGACAUACCUAAACCCAAGGAGGCAAAAGCACUGGGAAAGAAGAAGAGAUUGAAAGAGCUCCCCCUACGUCUGCCGCCACUCUCCAGCACUCCCUCAGAGAGCAGUGCAUCACUCUCUGUCAGCUCUGGACGCAAGAGCAAGAUUAAGCCCAAAGCCAGAGAGGCCCGAGGAAAAGGCGGCGCUGUCAGCAAGCUGAUGGAGAGCAUGGCUGCUGAUGAGGACUUCGAACCUAAUCAGGACAGCAGCUUCUCAGAGGACGAGAACCCCCGUUUGAGCACUGAAAGACCCUGUACCCCUGCCCCUCGUAACUGUGUGCUUAAUAAGGAUGAGCUUCAGGACGGAUUGCGUGUCCUUAUCCCUAUGGAUGACAAGCUGCUGUACGCCGGCCACGUCAACACCGUCCACUCGCCCGACAUAUACAGCGUGGUGGUUGAGGGUGAACGGGGUAACAGGCCUCAUAUCUACUGCCUGGAGCAGCUGCUGCAGGAGGCGAUUAUCGAUGUUAAGCCCCCCUCUGUGAGGUACCUGCCUCAGGGAACAAGAAUCGCAGCCUACUGGAGCCAACAGUACCGCUGCCUCUACCCUGGCACCGUGGUCAGAGGGAGCCCUGACAUGGACGAGGUGGACGACUUGAUAACUGUAGAGUUUGAUGACGGAGACACCGGCCGCAUUCCGCUGUCUCACAUUAGACUGCUCCCUCCUGACUACAAGAUCCAGUGUGCGGAGCCAUCCCCUGCUCUCUUGGUGGCUUGCACUAAAAAGCGAGCACGGAAGGGUAGUAAGGAUGUUCCUGAGAGCAAAGACACAAGCCCCAAAACCACAGAUGAUUCUGCUCCGAAGAAUAAGGGGAGAGGGAGAAAACCAAAACCCAAACCUGAUCCUGAACUAACUCCAAAGGAGCAUGAAAAACCUGACCAGUCGGCCCCUGGACCGGUGCAGGAGAGACCCCUUACCACCCAGAAAAGUGGCCCACUGCUAGGCAGGAAGAGUCAGCCUGCCAACACAACCAACCCCUCCAUCCCCAUACCUGCUGAAGGCCAGAAGAAAACUGCUGUAGCCAAACCCUCAGCCAAAGUACACUCACAGCCCAAGUCUGUGUUCUCAUCUGCGCUUUAUGGAAAAGUUCUCUCUGUGGAUCUCUAUAAUGACCCGUCUGCUUCAUUAGCUUCCUUUAUGUCCAACAAUGAGAACGGGAAGGCAAAGGCUGUCAAAAGAGUCCGGAAGAGUGAAGAGGAAGGAGGAGCGUUUGGGGUGAAAACCCAACGCAAGCAGCCUCAGACAGAGAUCCUGAUCAAGUUGGACCAUGAGGGCGUGAUGUCUCCUAAGACCAAGAAGACCAAAGCCCUGAUGAUGAUGGAGGGUCAGAACCGCACAAAGAGAGACAGUAAAGCCGUGAUGGGUGUUAACUACACUACAGUCACCUCCACUACCCCUACAGACAAAACACUGAAGCCCAAGACUGAGCCUGAGACAAUUAAUACGGACAAUGUGGCGACCUACAGUAUCCGUAAGCUGGGAAGCAGCACAGACAGCCGCGUAAGUGUGAAGAGCUCAGGAGAGAAGGAGGCUCAAUCAGAAAACUGUAGCAGCAGCAGUAGCAGCAGCUCAGAGUCUGACGGAGAAGAGGAAAGGAGGACUUCGCCGGAAACAAAGACCAAACAGGACAGCAGCUCCACCAGCUCCCGUGCCUCUAGCCCCACCUCUUCCAGCUCCUCAAGCAGUAGCUCCUCUUCUACUGCUGGAUUUAAUUCAUCAUCUUCAUCGUCCUCCUCGUCCUCAACCACCAGUGAUGAGGAGUCUUCGUGUAGCUCAGAUGAGGAACCUCCUGCAGCUCCUCAGCCCCUGUCUCCUCAAGAGCAACCUCCUACAGAGAAUGAAGAAGAGGAUGUAGAAGAAAAAGCAGAGGUGAAGACUGAGCCCCCGCCCACCACACCCAAGGUCCAGAAACAGCCAGCUCCUCCCAAACAGCAGGCAAAGCAACAGAAGCAGCAGAAGGUGAAGAAGAGCGUUGGCCGGCCUAAGAGGAGAGAGGGCAUCCACCUGCCCACUACAAAGGAGCUGGCUAAGAGACAAAGACUACCCUCUGUGGAGAACAGACCCAAGAUUUCUGCUUUCCUCCCAGCCAGACAGCUAUGGAAGUGGUUUGGGAAACCUACUCAGAGACGGGGGAUGAAGGGCAAAGCAAAGAAACUCUUCUAUAAGGCCAUUAUGCGAGGCAAGGAAAUGAUUCGUAUUGGAGACUGUGCUGUUUUCUUGUCUGCUGGACGGCCUAAUCUUCCAUUUAUUGGUCACAUCCAGAGCAUGUGGGAGUCUUGGGGCAACAAUAUGGUGGUUCGUGUCAAAUGGUUCUAUCAUCCUGAGGAAACCAACCCUGGAAAGAAACUUCAUGACAAAAAGAACUGGGAUCAGAUGUCUGGAAGGAAUCUUGCUGCUGUUUUGCAGGCAUCCAACCAGAGGAAGGAUUUCAUGGAGCGGGCUCUGUACCAGUCCUCUCACGUUGACGAGAAUGAUGUUCAGACCAUCUCUCACAAGUGCUUGGUUGUUAGCCUGGAGCAGUAUGAACAGAUGAUUAAAACUAAGAAGUACCAGGACAGUGAGGACCUCUACUACCUGGCUGGCACUUAUGAACCCACUACUGGUAUGAUUUUCAACACUGACGGUGUUCCUGUCAUCUGCUGAGGAGUGCUCUUAUCACCCAGCUACACCGCUGGAACGAGCUCAAAUCUUUGUAGAAGAUGAUCGAGAGCUAGAUCAAUGUUGGAUCCUUUCCCGAUCGACUGAAAUCAUGGUAACGUUCCCGAAUGAGACCAUUGUUCGUCUUCAUUGAAUGACAUAUGAGGACUGAGAUUGAUAGUAAGCAUGAUCAUGGACUUGGAAUGUAUUCCAGAUGGCAGCAGUAUACAGUCUGCCAGUAUUGUUAAAGUAUGUGUGGAGAAGGCAAAUGUGGAGCGUGUGUCCAACCUGUUAACAGAGGACAGUCCGUUCCAGCUCUGAUAUAACGACACAAGCAUGGUCAACAAAUCAAGCACCAUUUUGAGAAAGAAAUGAGUGCGCAUGUCAAAAUCGUCUUCAUGGUCAAACAUGUCUGCACAGCUGAGCUUUUCUGUCUCUAGCUGUCAGCAUCAGAAUGGGAACUGAUGCAACACAACUUGGUGGAACUGAAUCUGCUGGAGAGAGGGCUGCUACGAACCAACUCCAUGAGCCCAGCUUGUGGUGGAUGUGAUUUAAACUGACAGGACAUGUCACACUUACUACGCCAAUCCACCUAGAGAAGCUAUCCGUACCAGCACUCUGCUGUCCAGCGACCUCCUGGUAAAACCGUGCUGGAACUUAACACAACGACAGCCGGUUAAUGAACUUGGACAGCUGAUACAACCCUGGACUCUUAAAGCUACAGCCGUACUGACACUGGCACUCUUCCUGCACUACAGAGUGUUUAUUCGCAGGAAAGUGAGUCACCUUUCUAGCCCAAAAGAUCUACUGGGAUAUGUAUAUGGGCCUGUCUUCUAGCCAGCAUGGCAGAAAGGGCUCUUUGUACGAGUCGCGCGCUGUCGUGGUCUAAACCGUUGUACAGAUAACUACAAUUGUACAUACACUAUAUAUACAUGAUAUACCCACAUUUUAUUUUCAUGUACAAUAGAUUUAUGUGAAAGUAAUUUUUUUAAAGUGGUAAAAGAAAAAAAGAGCUUUAUUAUACUGUGAAUCAAAGAUCAAAAUUAACUGAAAAUCAGGAACUCGAUUAUGAGGAUCUCAGAAAUUGUUACUGGAACUCUGAAUCUCAGAUACCCACUACAUUGACGAUGCAGUGUAAUUUUAAAUAUAAUAUCAAGGAUACUAUUACAGGACAUCAUGGUUUUCAGACCAGUUGUCCAAUUUUGCAUUUUUUUUAAACAGAAAGCACUUAAUUCUACCCUUCCCAGCUCUUGUAAGAUGAAUUUUCUUUGACAAUCCCCAGUGCAGGCAAACUAGAUACAUACACAAAGAGAAUAUAUCGCAUCUUUCAUGGCUGCCAGUCGUCCGGAGUGGUCGCCACCUGGUCAGCCUAUUGCUAUUUCAGGCCCUCAGCAAAUUUGUGUGUGUGUGUUUUUGUUGUUGCUGUAUUUUCUUGUUUUGCUUUCUUUUUAAAGCAUUCCUCUUAUCCCUUACCCAAUCUACUCCUUCCAGAAGCAAUUACAUCUCAUGCAUAAAAGCACUUUGUUAGAAUUUACUAAUAGCAGAGCAGCACAGCAAAGUGACAUUAGAGAGAGUCAUCAGAGAGUGUGAGAUUGGAAGUACUUAUGGUGAAAGCUACUGUAUGUCUGCGUUUCUGUAUCUUCCCUCUCUCACUCUCUCAUUCUUGCACGUGGCUGUUGUUUGUCUAUGCCUAAAAUACUUUAAGGGAAAUUCCAACAAGUUUUGUUUUUCCCAGAAUUUCACCGUUGCAGCUUGUUGAGUUGUAAACAGUCAUUCUGAGUGGUUUGAUGAAAAAACGGACAUUUCUGAAGAAGCUUUCUGACUCAGAGGUGUUUACGUUGGCAGUGAUGGGGAACGGGUCCAAAAUCUCUAAAAAUUACCCUGGUUAUUACAUAAAAUAGUUACAAAUUCAUUCCCUGUUGCCUUACAGUCUGGUUAUUAUAGGUCUCUCUCUCUCUCUCUAUCUCUAUAAAGAGUACCUUAUGGUACCUCUUUAUUUCAUCCUCACUGUUGAAUGCAAGCACAUGCAUGCAAGCACAACUCCCAAACCAUAUAGCCACAUCGGGGGGGACAAAAUAUUUAUGAUGUUUUAAGGAAAAAUGGUACUAAAAACAUUUCUAUAAAUUAAUCACCAUUUUAGUGCUAUUAUGCAUUACAUAUAACAUUACGCAUAAAAAUCCAGUGGUUUCACUAGUAGAUCGCAUAACACUAUUGUGAACAUGAAGGACUCCUGGUUUCUAUAACAAACAAAAACCUGAACCAUUUCUCAUCUAAACAUGCUGCAUGACUGUUUACUUCUCAUCAAGUGAAUUAUACAAAAAUUUUGAAAAAUCAGAAUUCCCCUUUAAGCCCAGUCCCUCAGAGGCUGAGUAAUUUUUGGCCCAAUUACAGGGAUUGAAUGUUGCUCUUUGUAAAUAGGUCUUGCUGAUCUUGUAUUCCAAAGAAAGAGCCAGACAUCACCAGAGGCUCUCAUAUACGCCAAUACAGGACCAGGCUGUUUAUUUUCUGCUCCUCUAAUCAAGACCAAUCAAAUGUAUUUGAUUCAUGGCGUUUCUGUCUAGCAAACACUCAUUUAAAAAAAAAAAAAAAGAUAUUUUUGUUUAUUUGUGCCUUCUGUCGUGGUCUAAAGAUUGAAUGUAGUCUAAUGUCUAAAUAUUGGACAUGUUUUUUAUGUCCAGAAUGAUGUAUUUUGGAAAGUGUUCCUUGUGAGAAUGUCUAGCCUUUCGAUUACAGCCUCCACUGUAGUCGAUUAGUUUGCCAAUAUCAGCGGCUGAAGGUUGUGUACACCUCCAGUGUAUAUGAAUCAGAAGUUGUUAUGGGGUAAAUUCAGUGUGUGUACAAGCUAAAGUGGAUUCUUUGAGAAUUUUACGUUUGCUUCCUAACUUCCUGUCUCAGAUCUCUUCAUCGCCAUAUUUCUUCUACCUCUUUUUUUUUUCCAGCAUAUCAUGGUCUUUUUCUAACAUUUUUCAAUGUAGAAAUUAAGUUCUGUCUGUCUCUCUCUUUUUUUUCUUUUUUUUUUUUUUAAGCCCACUGGUAAUCAUUGCCGUUCUCGACUUACUUCUCUAGGUCGCCACUAUGCUGAGAGGGUGUGGUCAGUUACCACAUCUUUUCAAGCUGCCGCCUACUCAGUGUCAUAGGGCAGCUGAAUGCGCUUUGAGGGUAAUGAUAACCGCCCACUUCUGUUCACGUGACUGUCCUUGCUCUGAAUCAAUAGGAGGAGACGAUUCAGGCCAGCCGUUCAUAUGGCCUGUUGUGUUUUACUGCCACUUCUCACACUUCUGAGCAAAAUUCAAUUCAACAUUUCUUCCAUCUUCCAUUUUGCUUUUAGAGGAAGGGGUAGCGCGAGAGAGAUAGAGAGAGAUUAAGAAGGGAAUGGACACUAGAAACGUCUGGGAUUUAUGUAACCCAGCACAAUUUAGGCCUACUCAGUAUUUCAGAACUUCUUUCUGUUGUAGAAAUAUGUUGACACUAUUGCAUAUGUAGAGAGAGACUAUAUUGGUAAAUUUGUCUGAAAUAUUCUUUUCUGUGUGUGUUUCAUAUAUAACAUUGGCCAAUCUCUCUUAAAGAGAUGAUAUCUUGUUGAUAUUCAAUAGGUUAUUUCUUAACAUGUUAAUCAUCAUAUGUGGUCUUGAGGUAAAUUGUAUAUUCUGUCUUUGUAUCAGGUUCUGACUUUUUAAGAGUUUUCUGAUUAUUUUGGUUUGAGGAUUUGUAACAGACCCAAAGCUGACUAAAAUGGUGCCAAAUAAUCUUUAAGUCACCUGAAAUCUGAAACAACACUGAGCACGCAAUCAUGGUCCAAAACUCGGUCGAAUAUACACUUUUUUUUUUCUGUGUAAGAUAUUUGUCUUUAGGAAGUUGUACAAUUUAAGUGCCCCUCAAAACAAACGUUUACUUGGAGCUUGAGUCAAGCUGUAAAGCACUUUUUAGAAUAUUUUUGUCUGCAUGUUGUAGAAACAGAGUUUAUGCAUCUAGGAAUAAUAUUAGAGCAGAGCAAUCAACUCUUAUUUUGCUUGCUGUGAGUGUAACACAGUGUGAGAUGUCCUUCCCUUUGGCCCAUGCUCGGGUCAUUAAAAGAGACAGUGGCCUCUGCUGGUAGAAGUUAUGUAGGGUGAGCUAGUUGCUAAGUGUCUUCUGCUCUGUGUUCAGGGUCGUAUAUGGCCAUCUCUUUAUAAUGGAUUAACUGGCUCAUUAGAAAAAGCUCUUGUAUAGCAGAGACAGAUCUUUACAGGUCUUGCUGUUUGCAUGAUUCUGUUGGCCUUUUUGCAUUUUGUCUCUCUAAUCUUGUCAGGGUUUUUUUGCUAUUCACAUUUCCCCCUCUCAGAACAAUCGUCCUCCAUGCUUAAUGUGCAAUACUGCUGAAUGUGGUUUCUCUGAGGUAGCUGCUAGCGAGGGAUAAAGAUUGUUGGAGAGAGUAAGUGUGUGGACUGGAGGCUGGUCCUUCACUGGUCUUGGUCUGCUGGUCCGUCAGCGUUGGUAAAGUCCUGUUACACACGGCAAAAAAAAGCUAUAGUUUUAAAAUGAUGAUUUUUUUUGAAAAUGUAAAAGCAUCAAAGUUUUGUAAAUUGUCCUUAUGAGAGGGGGACAUAUUUGUACACACAUUUAAUCCUGUAAAAAAAAAAAUAUAAAAGUAUACACUUUUGAAAGAUUACGAUCCAGUCACUAAAGAUUGACACGGUUGACUUGUGUGUAAACUUCACAGAUUUUUUUUAACCGAAAAAAAGCUUAAUCAGUGUUCUUUCCAGUUCUUUUAGAAUUCAGAAUUUUGUAGUCCAUCAAUAAACAUCAUGAAAAAUA